CAUCUGCUUCUUUUUCAUCUGCUUCUGCAAUUAUUUAGGGUUACAAAUUGCAGAACUCAUCCUCCUCCUACAGCCAAAAAAGUAGUAGCAGCACCAUAGUGAUACAAAAUUUCUGGGGGGGUCUCGUCGCGAACGUCUUGAAGAAGGAUCUCGGGAUUCGUGCCAAGAAUUCGUCUCCUAGAGCUCGCAAGAUCUCAUUGCAUCAAUAUCUCAAGGCAAUCUUCAGGGGUGCUACACGAAUCGUGACUGAAGCUGAACUCUACUACACAGAAAGGUUUUGCAGCUUCAUCAUACCCAAAAAGCACGAUGAUUCCCCCAACACCUAAAACGGUCGAGCUGUGUAUGAUGCUUGAAGACCUAACAGAUAUGUACCGCAUGGAGACCACACUUUUAAUUAUGAAAUAUAGGAAGGCACGCACCGUGAGGGAGAAGCGACAAAUACUAGAUCAGGCUAGGAGGUACGGUGUCAUAAACAAGAUACCGGAUCAGGUAAAACACCUUGACCGCCUCAUACAUUUAACUGACGAAGACUGCAUUUCGAACCUUCGCAUGGACCGAAACACCUUUGGCAAGUUGUGUCGGAUUCUAGGUGAACGUGGUGGGUUGACAGUCGGUAAAGUCAUUGGUGUUGAAGAGCAGGUUGCUAUAUUUUUGGAGGUCCUUGCUCACCACAAAAAAAAUAGGAUAGUUCGAUUUGACUUCAAAAGAUCCGGGGCUACUGUUUGUUAUUACGUGCAUCGGGUGUUGGGUGCCAUUCUAAGCCUUCAUUCUGAACUUCUAAGUAAGCCAAACCCUGUCCCCAACGAUUGCACUGACCACCGCUGGAGGUGGUUCAAGGGUUGCAUUGGUGCUCUCGAUGGGACCCACAUCAAUGUUCUAGUAAGUGCUGCAGAUAAGCCGUGAUAUCGGUCGCGGAAGGGUGAUAUUGCAACAAACACAUUGGCAGCUUGCGACCGCGACAUGCAAUUUAUGUAUGUAUUACCGGGAUGGGAAGGCUCUGCAGGGGAUUCACGUGUCCUUAGGGAUGCCGUAUCUCGUCCGAACGGCCUGAAGGUGCCACAAGAGUGUGCUGCACCAGGGACGGAUGCUCCCCAAAACUCAAAGGAAUUGUUCAACCUACGACACACAAAGGCGAGAAACGUGAUUGAGCGGGCGUUCGCUGUUCUAAAAAUGCGGUGGGCAAUCUUGAGAAGUGUUGCAUACUACCCUAUUCGCACACAAAUCCGGAUAAUCAUGACAUGUUUUCUACUCCAUAAUUUCGUGCGCCGUGAAAUGGCCAUCGACCCAGUGGAGGCCGAGCUAGACGGAGCCAUACCCAAUGUAACACAGGAUGGGGCAUUCAUUGGGGCCGAAUAUGUGGAUUGCAUAGAACCAACCCAAGAAUGGACUCAAACUCGUGACAAUUUGGCAAUGAACAUGUGGAACAAUCGUUAGGAAAAAAAUUAUAGAUGUGUCGGGGAUUUUUUGUCGAACAAUAUGUACUAAUUUUCUGGACAACUACAACAUGACUUCAUCCUUGUUAUUCUAUAUUAUAUUAGCAUGUUAUGUUCA